GUGAAUGAAUUUUUGAUGCGGGAAACCGCCAAGCAGCAGGGUGUUCAAUUGGUGGGGGAACUGCAGCCAUGCGUCGGCUGCAUCGAGGCGAAGGGCAGGAGGGCCCCGGUGCCGCGGCGUGGAGUCACCCGCGCGGCGGUACCGUUCGGCAAGGUGCACAUCGACAUCACCGGCCCGUACUCUGAGGCGUUCGAUGGUUCCCGUUACCUGAUUAUGUUCGUGGACAGUGCGUCGCGGUGGCAACGGGCGUACGGCAUGCGGGCCAAGAGCGACACCCUGACGUACACGCGGCGUUUCCUCGCCGACCUGAACGGCAACGGCCCUCUGGGGUGUUUCCGCAUGGACAACGCGGGGGAGUUCACGAGUGCUGCCUUCGUCGCGUUCUGCGACGCCGCUGGCAUCCGGCGCGAGUACACCGCGCCCGACACCCCCAAGCAAAAUGCGGUCGUGGAAAGCGCCAUCUGGCGAGCCAUGAAGGGGGGCCACGCCGCCCGCCGCCACGUCCUCUCCGUGGGCAACUUCGACCUCGCCUCUAUCCCCGGUAUGGACGCCAACGGACACCGACUGUGGCUUGCAUCGGCGAUCUGGGCCUCCGGCUGCUUCAACCGUUCCGCGACGUCGGCCAACCCGGCCUGGAUGUCGCCGUUCGAGGCCUUCUUCGGACGCAAACCGCCGCUCAAGGUCGUCCCCUUUUUCCAGGAGGGGAUGAUGCGCGUGAAGCGCGCCAGCAAGGCGGACGUCCAAUCCGUUCGUUGCUUCUACCUGCACGGAGCGCGCAACCACUCCGACGCCACUGCCGUCGUACUCCGCGCCGACACCGGAAGGAUCUGCCUGUCCAACAACGUCGUGUGGAUCAACCGCCGCACCGCCGUGCCGGCGCCGGUACCGGCCAGCGGGGGGGGUUCUUCGGUCACCGCGGCGCCCUCGCCGGCCGCCGCCGCUCCUACAGCCGCUGCCGCACCGCCACCGCCAUGGACAUCGCGGACGUACACCCACACCCCGCCCACAGCGACUACCGCUACGCAGCCGCCCGCUUCACCGCCGCCAGCUUCUCCGUCGAUCUUCACAGGGUCCGGAGCUCCGUCGCCGAUAUCCACGGCGUCCUCGAGUGCACCGCUGUCCACCGCAGCCACGCCGCCCCGUCCACCGCACGCAAGCGCCACCGCUCCCGCUCCCCAUCACCCGCCGCUUUCACAGCGAGCCGUCAGAGAGUUGGGCGAGAAGGAAACCAGGUUACAUGGCCGUACGCGCGGCGACCGAGUGCGCUUCAUGGAUGAGCAACAGCAACCGCCGUCGCCGUCAGGUGGCGGCACCGCUCUCCAACACCGCCUUGGGCUGCUGUCGAUGAUGGGCAAGGAUGCGCUCGUCUCGUCGCUCGCCACCCGGGAAGCCGUCGAUCAAGGACGUCGAGACCUGCCACCGUCCGCCAAAAUCGCCCCUCC